AUGGACGUAGCUAAAUCAUUAUUUGUGUCUAGAGAUCACGCUGGAUAUGCUAACCGUACACAACAUAAUAAAAAAUUGGAGUCAAUAGGUGAUUCAGUCGAAGAUUAUGGUGAUGUAAAAAUUAAUCCUGGAUGUGCUUUUUCGGGCAUUAUUCCAUCAUCAAUGAUACCCACUGAAGUAUUAGAGAAUGAUGAGGAAAUUACGUAUGAUGAAUUUGGAUUUAAAAUUGAAAAUGAGGACAAAGCAGAACCAGAUUCAUCAAAAUUACUUGGCAUUCCAUUUGUUGAGGAAGAAUCAGAUCGUCUGAAAUGGAUUGCUCACUUAGAAUUUUCUACCAACUCAAAUGGAGACCUGAAUUUCGAAUCUAAAUCAAUUCCAAAAUCAGAAAAGCUUAGAAAUAUGGUAGUUUUUGAAGGCAUUCCACAUUCUUUGCGUCCUACAAUCUGGAUGAAUUUAUCUGGUGCUUAUGACAAAAGAAACAAAUCUCAGAGUACAUACACCGAAAUAGUUAAGGCAUCAAACAUUGAUCAUCUCGUAACAUCGAAACAAAUUGAAAAAGACCUGACCCGAAUACUGCCAUCAAAUCUUUGCUUCUGUUCCUCUAAUAGUAUUGCAAUACCGAGACUUCGAAGAAUAUUAAGGGCGAUCGCAUGGAUGUUUCCUGACAUUGGAUACUGUCAAGGAACUGGCGUGAUUGUGGCAAGCCUUUUAUUGUUCCUAGAAGAAGAAGAUUGCUUUUGGCUAAUGGCUACAAUUGUCGAGGAUUUAUUACCCGCCUCUUAUUAUUCAUCUAAUCUUUUGGGAAUACAAGCGGAUCAGAGAGUAUUACAAACACUUAUAACCAACUACUUGCCUGCAAUUGAUGAAAAGUUGAAGCAACAUGAUAUAGAAGUCUCACUAAUUAGUUACCAAUGGUUCCUGACACUUUUUGGGAAUGUUGUUCAUAUGAAGAUUUUACUGAGAAUAUUUGACUGGUUUUUCUGUGACGGAUCAUUAAUUCUGUUCCAAAUAACUCUGGGAAUGAUGAAAAUUAAGGAGUCUGUGCUUGUAAAUCAGGAAAAUUCAGCUCAAAUUUUCAAUGCACUUUCAGACAUUCCCGGUGAGAUUGAUGAUGUCUGUGAGUUGUUUAAAGUCUCUCUGGAUGUCGGUGGAUCAUUAAAUCAGGCAGUAAUUGAUACACAUCGUCGAAGGCACUUGGCAUAUUUAAUGAUUGAUCAAGGUGCAUUGGUUGGAAAUUUAGAAUCAAAUCCAAUACCAAAUUUACCGAAGCAGCACCUAAAUAGACGGGAAGUUAAAAAGAACAAGUCUGUAAUACAAAUGCUUCUGUUUGGAAACGAUGAUGAUGAUGACGAUAUGAAGACGAAGAAUAUUAAAAAUUCUGAAAUUAUUGUCGAACUUCAUGAUGCAAUUUUAAAAAUAGCUAGACAUUUCAUUUCUAUUGAACCAAAACUUUCAGGCCAUAUAAAAUUACAGGCUGACUUUUCAGCUGAUUCUCACAUAAAGGAUCAUGAGAACUACAUUAAUGUUUCACGAAAACGAUCGAGACGUGCUAAAGCAUUACAUGACUUUGAAAGACAUGAUCCUGAUGAGUUGGGCUUUAGAAAGAAUGACAUAAUUACUAUAAUCUCACAAAAAGAUGAAGAUUGCUGGGUUGGUGAAUUGAAUGGCCUUGUUGGCUGGUUUCCAGCACGAUUUGUGGAACUGCUAGAUGAAAGAAGUAAAAUUUAUGUCGUAGCUGGUGAUGAUUCUUUAUGUGAAAGUGUAACUGACUUAGUAAGGGGACAAUUAUGUGCUUCAAUAAAGCAAGUUCUCGAACAUGGAAUGAAGAAACCAACAUUUUUGGGAAUGGUUCAUCCAUGGCUGUUUAUUGAGGAAGCAGCAAAUCGAGAAGUUGAAAAGGAUUUCGGAAGUGUCUAUAGCCGUCUUGUUUUAUGCAAAACUUAUAGACUCGAUGAAGACAUAAAAGUUUUAACGCCUGAGGAACUGCUUUAUCGAUGCGUACAAACAAUCAACCAAACACACAUUGAUGUUCAAAUGGAUGUAAAGUUGAGAUCAUUGAUAUGCCUUGGAUUAAAUGAACAAGUGCUACAUUUGUGGUUUGAUGUGCUGUGCUCUUGCCAUGAAGUUGUAGGAAAGUGGUAUCAUCAACAUUCAUUUAUAAACUCACCAGCAUACGUUCAAAUCAAAUGUGAAUUAAGGAUACUAUCUCAAUUUUCAUUCAAUUUAAAUCCAGAUUAUGAGUUGCCUACUAUAAAGAGCGUCAAGAAUGAACCUCUAAAGCAAGGCGUUGCAGAAAUGUUGGUUAAGCACCAUUUAUUUUCGUGGGAUCUUUAA